ACACAACCCACCAAUCAACCACCGAAUCUCAUUCAUUCACCUCGAACGGACAGAACUGGAACUCAUCACCAAAUUCGACUUACCCAGGCACUACCAACCAACGCCAUCCUCAAGUAUCAAAACCAUCAAGAAGAAGCUUCACGUCCUUGAUCGAUCACUUUACAAGUUUGGCCGAAAUCAUUAAACAAGUAACGACCUCUUAAUCGAACGGCACCCCGACCUUGUUGGCGUUGUAACUUGAGAAACGGCAGGUGGACGAAGAUAGUUCAUUUUGAUUCUACAUAAAGCUCCAAUCUCCAGGGGCCAGCCACAUUCCAAACAAUCCUUCCGGUUACCAUCAUGUAUCGAGGGCGCAAUAUACCGUCCAAAUCAACCCCCUCAACCGUCCAAUGCCAGAAAUGCCUAAAGAGAGGUCACUAUUCGUAUGAGUGUAAAGCCUCAGCUGCGGAACGGCCCUACAUCCCGAGGCCGUCGCGCACCCAACAACUCUUUAAUCCCAAGCUGCUACCCAAGCUUACUAGUGCCGUGCCGCCUCAGGACAAGGAAGGUGUGGCCGACGAGAUUCUAGCCCAGAAGGAGGCUGAGCGGGCUAAGAAGAAGGAGCUUGAAAGGGACGACGAGUCACCAUCUAGAGACGUGAGCCCAAGGAGAAGCAGGAGUAGAUCGGCUUCUGUUGAUUCGGUGUCGACCAUCUCUACACGCUCUCCAUCCCCAAGGCCCUCUCGCCAUUCCAAGUCACCUCCACGGAGAGCACAUGCGCAAGACUUCUUUGAGCCAUCGCCCAAGGCGCCUUCGGCCCGCCAACGCUCAGUCGACUCCCGGGAUCGGUAUUCUAGCCGGAGGUCAGAGAGCCCGGUCAAGCACUCAUCGCGGAAAGGGUCGCUGCCUCCUCGUCGUCGUUCGCCGUCGCCCCGCCGUGAGCGCGGACGUGAGCGUGGACGUGACUCCGGGAGGACAAGGCUAUCCAGGCGCGACUAUUCUGUUUCCGAGUCGAGGUCCAGGUCACCAGCCCGCUCACCGGUCAGGCGAGACAGCAGAGGAGAGAAUCACAGGGCAGGAGGAUACUACCGGGACAGGGAAGAUGGCCGUGGACAGCCGAGAUACAAGAGUCCGUCGCCGCAACGACCUCCAAAGCGCGAACCGUCUCCCGCGCCACCGCCGCGCGAGCGGAGUCUCAGCCCUUUCAGCAAGAGAUUAGCGUUGACACAGGCUAUGAAUAAGGGUAGAUAGGAUUUGCGGGGUGGGUAUCAAAGUAGAGAAUAGCAUACUUUCUCUGUAAAAACAAAAUCAUAAC